CGCAGCCAUUAUCCUUGGGCGGAGAAAAAAUGGUCAGUAUUCUGCGGCGUCGGCGGCGCACGCGCAGCGUAUAUAAACUGACGGCUGCUUCAUCUGGCAUCAGUCACUUGACCAGUGCUUGACUAACAACACCAACAUGAAGUUCCUGGUUAUCGUCGCCCUUUCCCUCGCAGCGGUGUGCGCUGAAGAGGCCAAGAAAACCGAAAAGAGAGGGCUCAGCGGCUUAGGCUACGGAGGCCUCGGCGGAUACGGAGGCUACGGCGGAUACGGUGGAUACGGCGGAUACGGUGGAUACGGCGGAUACGGCGGAUAUGGAGGAUACGGUGGCUAUGCUCCUGCCGUUAGCAAAGUAGCUUACACCACCGUGCACAACGGCGGAUACGGAGGAUACAACGGAUUGGGCGGAUAUGGUGGCUACAGCGGACUCGGUGGCGGAUACGGCGGAUAUGGCGGAUACGGCGGAUAUGGUGGAUACUCUGGCCUGGGUGGAUACGGCGGAUACGGUGGCUAUGGACACGGAGGAUACGGAGGCUACGGACACGGAGGUUACGGAGGUUACGGAGGAUACGGAGGAUACGGUCACGGUCUGGCAGGAUACGGCUACCAUUAAACUACCUAAGCAUUCCUAUUUUCCUCAAUGUGUUCAUCCUACAAAUCUUUUCAAUACUCGCUGUAUAUAUGACAGGUCAUCACAGAUACCGAUGUUCGACGUUCUUGAAUACAUGAAACUGAAUGAAUAGUAUCAUGACCAAAGAGAGCCCAUCAUGACAAAAUUAUCCCAACACCUCGAUGACUUAAGUAAAUUUUUCAUUUGUAUGUGAUAAUUUUACAACGAAUUUCUUUGCAAUCCUUUGUAAAUAUGUAAUAAAUGAUUAUAUAAGUAUA